CCCCAACUGACUACCCAUCUUGCUCCCUCUCCACUACCAUCAUCUCCGCACAAUUAUCGCAAUGUCACAAGUCAUUGUUGUUGGAGGUGGUCUUGCUGGUCUCUCUGCAGCUCACACUCUUCUUGAGCGUGGUGCUAAUGUAUUGCUACUUGACAAGCAAGGAUUCAUGGGUGGAAACUCCACCAAGGCCACUUCUGGUAUCAACGGUGCUGGUACCCAGACACAGCAGGAGGCUGGUAUUCCAGAUAACGCAAAGAUUUUCUUCGAGGACACGAAGAAAUCCGCUCGUGAACUUGCUCGCGAUGACCUCAUCCGUGUGUUGACCGGCCGCUCAGGCGAUGCUGUCAAUUGGCUACAGGACAAAUUCGGCCUUGACCUCUCAAAGGUCGCGCGGUUAGGAGGCCACAGUCAGCCCCGCACACACAGAGGGAAUGCACAAUUCCCUGGUAUGGUUAUUACUUACGCACAAAUGGAGCGCCUGGAGGAUUUGGCAGUGAGCCAGCCAGACCGCGUGAAAAUUUACAAGAAGGCCCGUGUCACAAAGCUUGUCAAAGACGAGUCUGGCACAGUUACGGGCGUUGAGUAUGUCCGCAAUGGCAAGACAGAAACUGCAUACGGCCCCGUCGUUCUCGCUACUGGUGGUUAUGCCGCCGAUUUCACUGGCGGUGACUCUCUGCUGAAGAAGCACCGUCCCGAAUACUAUGAUCUCCCAACGACAAAUGGUGACCACUGCACGGGUGAUGGUCAGAAGAUUGCCAUGGCUAUUGGUGCAAGUGCGAUCGACCUAGAGAAAGUGCAGGUGCACCCGACGGGUCUUGUUGAUCCUAACGAGCCCGACGCGAAAGUGAAGUUCUUGGCUGCAGAGGCUCUUCGUGGUGUUGGUGGUUUACUACUUGACAAGAACGGCGACCGUUUCGUCGAUGAGCUUCAACAUCGUGACUACGUCACUGGCAAGAUCUGGGAGAACGGCAAGUAUCCCAUUCGCUUGAUCCUGAACGGACAGGCUUCAAGCGAGAUCGAAUGGCACUGCAAGCACUAUGUCGGUCGUGGUCUCAUGAAGCGUUUCGAUUCCGGCGAGGCUCUUGCUAAAGAUAUGGGCGUCAAGCCUGAAUAUCUUAAGAAGACUUUCGACACGUACAACGCGGGUGUCAAGGCAAAGAAGGAUCCCUUCGGCAAGAAGUACUUCUCAUCAGGAGAGUGGAGCAUGAACGACUACUUCAACGUCGCAAUCAUGACCCCUGUAUUGCACUACACCAUGGGCGGUUUGGAAAUCGACCCCGAGUCACGCGUCAUCGGCAAGGACGGCAAACCCAUUGCUGGUCUCUUCGCUGCUGCUGCUGCCUAUCUCCUCCAGACGACUAGCGCCAUCGUGGAGAAGGCAGGCGGACGUCUUGGUGCAUUCGUAGGACAGUUCGAGUCGAAGCCCGCUGCUUCAUCUGCACCUACACAGCCUGCUGCCACGAGUGUCCCCGCCCAGUCGUCGUCACUAUCAAAGGAAUUCAGUGCCGCGGAUGUAGCUAAGCACAAUAAGAAGGACGACAUCUGGGUUAUUGUUAAUGGCCAGGUGCUGGACGUCACAUCCGUUAUCCCAAGAUAUGCACCAGACGCUGUCAUUGGUACACUGAAGAAGUAGGGGGGAAAUGAUGCUACGACUACGCUCAGCAAAAGUAGAGGAUCCAUAUUUGUCAUCUUUCUUCAGCAUCGCAUAUCUCUUUCUCCCCAUGUCUCUACUUGGUUGCUGUGAUCCAGUGUAUUCUAAUGUUGUCUUCAUACCAUUUUCAACUGACUGAUCCACGAGGCCAACAUGAGGCCGUGGCUGUUGAACACUGUAAGUACUGAAUGUCGAAUUAAAUCUUGAUACGCCUC